UGAGAGGAGACUGUGACUGUGCAGUAUUGACAUGUUUGGAUUUAUCAAGAAGUCUGGACAGUCAUUUGGUUCAUAGGAAAGUGUCCCGUUCAUUUCUGAUCCGUGGUGUUUGAUAAGUGGCAGAACUAUGGACCAUCCUCUGGUGUGGGUUCUCAUCCUGGUGCUGCUCAACUUCAAUACAGAUGUCUCUGGCCAGGUGGUGGUUCCCUCUAUGAACCCCUUAGCUGUGGGCAGUAAUGUCACACUGAACCUAGUUCCCGAAAGCCCCAUCAACAUAGGGACCUGGUCAUAUGAAACUACAACCAUCGUACUUUUCUAUCCUYGUGGCAGUAUUYUGAGUACAAGUUAUCGAGGCAGAGUCUCKUUCAACCGCUCCUCCUCAGAGCUGUCCAUAAGCUCUCUCCAACUCAACGACUCAGGACGAUAUACCGUGCWGGGAAUGGAGCCAGUCCUGACCGCUGUGGUGACCUUGUCUGUCCAGGAACCCAUUUCAAACGUGACUCUAAGAGCCAAUGCCACUGAUCUAGUGGAAUUAAACGACACUGCCAUUGUCACCUGCUCCGUCUCCUCUGGCACCUCCUUCUCCUACCGCUGGAUGAAUGGCAGCUCAGAGGUUGCAGCCAGUGACAGAGUUCGGCUUGGUGUUGGGAACAGCACUUUCACCAUAGUCAGUGUGACACGAUACGAUGAAGGGCCGUUCAGAUGUGAGGUCAUCAAUGGAAUCAGCGAUGGCACCAGCCAGCCCAUCGGCCUCAAUGUUAGAUUUGGACCAGAGAGACCUGCUGUAACUAGUCCGGAAUUAGCGAUGACAGGACACGUCGUGACAUUCAACUGCUCUGCCUCCUCUCAGCCUCCCAGCCAGUUUAGCUUGUUCUUCAAUGGUUCUUCAUGGGUAGUACACCUGUGUGGCCUUCAACAACCUCACUGUCAGAAACAGCACUGUCUCCAAGAUGCUCACUGUUAUUGAUGGACCCAUGCAACCUGUGAUAGCUGGUGCACCCAUUGCCGAAAGAGAACAAAGAGUGACCUUCAACUGCUCAUCCUCCUCUCAGCCUCUCAGCCAGUUCAGCUGGUUCUUCAAUGGCUCCCAGGUGGCGACUGGCUCAGUGUAUGAGACUGGCCCACUGACCUUAGCCAGUCAUGGGGAAUACACCUGUGUGGCCUUCAACAACGUCACUGUCAGAAACAGCACUGUCUCCAAGAUGCUCACCAUCAUUGAGGCUAUAACGUCGGUGAUGGUGAAACGAAACAAAUUACCAAUAGCAUCUGACAACCUAACCCUGACCUGUGAAGUCACCGGGCGCUAUGACACCAUCGACUGGAUGAAGGACAACCGGUCUCUGGUCCUGAACAACAACUUGAACUCUGACAUCACCAUCUCUAACAACUCUCUGCACUUCAGUCCAGUCAAGGUGUCAAAUGAUGGAAACUAUCAGUGCGUUGCCACCAACCUCUUUGGUCCACACAUCAGCCCUAAAUACCAGCUACUGGUGAACUAUGGCCCUCUGAGUGUGAACAUCUCUGGCCCAGGAUUAGUGGUGAUUGGCUCAGUAAUUAAUGCCAAUCUGAAGUGCUCAGCCGACUCCCGGCCGACCAGUGAGUACUGGUGGAAAUACAUCAACAAAUCAUUGCCGGCGACUGGUCCUUUGAUGGCUGUAGGCAUCUCCUUGAAAAAUGCAAGGAUAUACACCUGUGUGGCCAAGAACCCUCUAACUAACAUCUCAAUGUCCAAGACCAUUAGUCUGGAUGUCACUGGCCCUUCACCUGUCCCUCCAUUCCAGUCCAGAGUGGUCUGAUGUUGAUGGGCCUUGUAACUCUCUCCACACACAUAGUGAAACUUGUU